UUCUUGCAGGUCGCAUCUUCCGACGAUCCACUACAUCAGUUGGUAUCAGAGCCUGGAGCUUGCGAAGAUCGAUGUAUUGCAGAAGGUCGGCUGUCGACGACGAUCGAAGCCGCAAAACAAGAUUGGCGGUCGACGACGAUCGACGCCAAGGAAGGUGGGCUGUCAACGAUGCUCGAAGCCGGAUCUCCUUCUAUCAAGCUCAAUCGAAGAAGUCGCUCGAUCAGGUAGAUAGAAACCUUGAUCGGAUUCGCGAAACCCUUCGGGCAAUAAGGAGGAUGAGGAUGUCGUCGGCAACCAUACCGAGGCAUUCUUCUUCUUCACUAUCCUCCUCCGCUCCUCGUAAACGCCAUCAGUCUCGCCACGAUUAUCCUCCGCUCGAGCUCCCUCUCCGAUGGCGUGAUCCGCUGCCGGUGUAUCCGCCUGUUCGCGCAGUUUGCAACCAACCCGAGGGCAUCUUCAACGCCUCCCACCAUCUAGAGCCCGUCGAGCGGGUUUCUGAUCGGCGAAGCAUAAGCGAACAUAAUGUGAUUGUUCCGACUGAGAAAGGCAAACCUAGCGAUUGCGAUAUGGAAACCCACGAAGAAACUGCCGCUAUGGUCGAUUCCGCCUCUGCUCAUCUCAUCGGAACAUGCAUAGAGCUCCCGUCUUCCGUUCCUUUGCACUCGGAGAUGCGAGAUCUAACACUCACAGCUGCUAAUCCGAUUCCAUUUGACCAAAGUUUGCCCGUCCAGCCCGUCCAGCUCAAUUUCGCUCUCGUACCCACUGUUCGAGCAGAUAUACAGCCCGACGCUAAUUCCAGCUCGAACGCAGAGUUUCUAGGUGGCUCUAAUGGCGCCGUCGCCACUCAGUUAAUCCCUACCUUCCUCCGCAGCCGCUUCAAUCGCCUCCGGAUGGGAUUCUUCCUACACAGCCCAUUCCCUUCAUCGGAGAUCUAUCACACCUUCCCUGUGCGUGAGGAGAUCCUGAAAGCCCUUCUCAACUGCGACCUGGAUGGCUUCCACACCUUCGAUUAUGCCCACCACUUCCUCUCCUGCUGCAGCCGAAUACUAGGCAUUGAGUAUCAGUCCAAGCGCGGCUAUAUAGGACUCGAGUACUUUGGUCGUAUUGUGGGAAUUAAGAUCAUGCCGGUGGGUAUUCACAUGGGGCAGCUGCAAUCAGCCCUUGCCUUGCCGGAUAAGGACUGGCGCAUCUCAAAGCUGCAAUCAGCCCUUGCCUUGCCGGAUAAGGACUGGCGCAUCUCGCAACUCCAACAUCAGUUAGCUGGAAAGAUGGUCCUCCUAGGUGUCGAUGACAUGGAUAUAUUCAAAGGUAUAAAUCUCAAGCUCUUGGCCUUUGAACAAAUGCUGAAGAUACACACCAAGUGGCAGGGCAAUGCUGUCCUUGUGCAGAUUUUCAACCUCGCAAGGGGCAGGGGAAGGGAUCUUGAAGAGAUCCAGUUGGAGAUUCAACAGAGUUGCAGGAGGAUCAAUCAACAGUUUGGGAAUGCUAAUUACAAACAUAUUAUUUUCAUUGAUCGGCCAGUAUCAAUUGAGGAGGGAAUUGCCUACUAUACAAUAGCAGAUUGUGUUGUGGUCACUGCAGUGAGGGAUGGAAUGAACCUUACACCUUAUGAAUACAUUGUCAGUAGGCAGGGAAUUGCUUCUGGAUCGGAUUCUGAUUCUGGUUCAGAUGGUCCAAAGAAGAAUAUGCUUCUGGUUUCUGAAUUCAUCGGAUGCUCUCCUUCACUUAGUGGAGCAAUUCGAAUUAAUCCUUGGAAUACAGAGUCGACGGCAGAGGAUAUGAACGAAGCAAUAUCAAUGAAUGAUGUAGAGAAGCAAGUUCACCAUGAAAAGCAUUACAGUUAUGUCAGCACUCAUGAUGCUGCUUACUGGUCCAAGUCAUUUAUGCACGACUCAGAGAGGACAUGCAAGGACCACUUCAAGAAGAGAUGCUGGGAAAUUGGUUUGAGAUUUGGUUUCAGAGUUGUUGCACUUGAUCCGAACUUCCGGAAGCUCAACAUUAAUGGUAUUGUUUCAGCCUAUCAGAGGUCUAAGAGCCGAGCCAUUUUGUUGAAUUAUGAUGGCACAGUUAUUCCACAGGCAGCUAUUAACAAGACCCCAAGUGCAGAAGUUAUCUCUAUUCUUAACACACUUUGUGGGGAUAAAAAGAACUUAGUCUUUAUAGUUAGUGGCAGGGGUAAGGACAGCUUGGGGAAGUGGUUCUCUCCUUGCAAAAACCUUGAAAUUGCUGCAGAGCAUGGUUAUUACAUGAGAUGGAGUCAGGAUGAGGAAUGGGAGACAUGUGUACCCAUGCCAGACUUUGACUGGAAGCAGAAUGCUGAACCUGUCAUGCAGUUAUACACUGAAACAACUAAUGGAUCGAGUAUAGAAGCUAAAGAAAGUGCGCUUGUUUGGAAUUAUCAAUAUGCUUAUACUGAUUUUGGAUCCCGCCUGGCCAAAGAACUUCUGGACCACCUGGAAAGUAUUAUUGUGCUUAAAGUUUAUGGUGCUUCUGGUCUUAUGGGUAUGCAUAAGAGACGCAAAGUAUUCGACCCAGGGAUCUGGUUGGGAUGUUCACCACUACUGCCCUCCUAAAUAACGAGCCUCGAACGGAGUCGAGCUCUUUUUGUGCAAGGGGAGAAUGAUGUAGGAACAUCUUUAGUUAUAUAGUCCUUAGGAUUACUUUACCUUAGUUUGUUACCACUAGUUUCUAGAAUACUCCUUUUACCCUAUAAAUAUACAAGCUAUUGUAAGAGAGGGAUUAUUGAAUGAUAUAUACACUCUUUUGAAGCUUUUGGAAGCUCUCUUCUUCUUCUUCCCUGGAUUGGGAAACCCAAAUCCUUCUUGCAGGUCGCAUCUUCCGACGAUCCACUACAUCAUUGUACCACCAAAUAAAAUAUACAGUAACAAAGAUUGAAGUUCUAAUAAGAUUACCUAGAUAUUCUAUAAUUUAAUGCAAUACUAAAUAAAAAAAAUAAAACUAUAUAAAAAAAAAUUGUAUGAGUAAACAAGAUAUUGUCAAAUGAAGCUAAUUAGGAGUCCGAAAUCUAAAAAUAAACAUUUCAAAUUUGAUUUGAAGUUAAUCUAGUUAAUGCACUUCAACAAAUAAAAGACCAAAAUCCAAGAGGAGUCCAAAACAAAAAAAUGAACAUUUCAAAUUUUGUUUAAAGUUAAUUUAUGAAAUGAACAAAAAACACACUAGAAAUAGGAUCUUAGAUGUGAAUUUCAUGAUUUUAUGAGGUUCCACGAACCCAAAAAGCAAUCAAAGACAUAAACCUAAGGACAAAUUCAUACAAAUGAAAAAAAAAAAGAAAACCAAGAAAGAAAAUUCAACCAUCAUGCCAUCAUGCCUUAGGGGUGAAUGCAAUCCAUUUGAGAUUAAACAAGAGUAUCAUAAUAGUGGAAAAGAAAGAAGUUCAAAAGCAAGGUCUUUAUCUGAAGUUAUGAGUUAGUACUUAGUGAAUGUGACGCCCUCAAACCUAACAGCAACUUUCUCCCAAAUUUUAAAGGUGGAUCAGACCGAAAUAAUGCGCGAGUUCAUCCUUCAAAAUUCGUAUAUUUCUCCCUGCCUAAGGUAUGCAACUGAAAAUACUUAAUAUAAGUCGACCAAAGUUCACAAUCAGACACCAAAAUGCUAGGAGAUCCAGUUCAUCAGAGAGGCAAUCGACUUCCAGGCCUAGAACAUAAGGACCACGACCUAUAAUAUGAACAGCCUCUUUUUCAGCUCCACAAAUCGAUACCUAAUUCUAGACCAAGAAAAUAUUUUCCUAGGGAAAGAUUAGAGAACAAGUCGUGGCACUUAGGGGCUCUUUAGGUUCAGUGACACACGUAAUGUAAAAUGUUAUGCUUAUCAAUUUGACAAAUAUCUAACGUCAUGACAACUGUAGAAUCAUGUUAAUGUAUAUUAAUAUAGGUAAUAUUGACAUCACAAUAUAAUAAGCAAAACAUUUGACUGAUAGCAUCGCAACACUUACAUCUUAGCACUCAGAUCUUAAUAGCUGCAUUUCAAUAAACCAAAGAGCCACUAAAAAAUUCCAAAUAUUUCAUCCAUCCAUAACAAGAUUCCCAUCUAGCCUUCAGAACUCGCCGAUAUCAUUUUCAACGAAGCACUCAAGAAAACUUCAACUAAUUUUAUUAACCAACGCCGUCAUCGCCUUCAUUACUCACGCAGUCGUUACUCUUCACUAACCCUU